AAAAGCUUGUUUGACGCUUGAUGUAUGACAACAGAAAAAAAUCAAAAACUCAAUACAAUAAGUCUGUUAUCAUUUUCCAAACACUGUUUCAAAAUAUCACUAACUAUGGUAGAAUAUAGUAUUAGGCGCUAGGUAUAAAAUAUUUGCGUCCUUGUAUGUAUUGAUCAAUGAACAGGUUAUGUUUCCAACUUUCAUUAGCAUCCUAGAUAUACAGUCAUGGUGGGAGGUGCCAAGUAUUGCUCACUUCUGCUCUUUGUUUCGUUCUGCCUUUAAUCUCUUGGAUUUUGAUAUUGAGGAUCUCGAAGAAGCCCUACUUACGGAUGGAACUGAAGAAACUUCUUGGCUGCAAGAACUGAUAGUCAAGUUACUCAGUGGUUGUUUACCGAACAAUGAAAUAUCCACAUUUAAUUAUCAAAUGUUUUUGAGGCGUCUUUUUCGCCAAAAAUGUCAGGAACACGAUCGUUAUAAUCCGUUUAAUACCGACAUUGACUUUACACUAUUACCAUUAAGGACCAAAGUUGACAUAUUACAUGCUCUAUGUGAUUUUCGUUUAGAUGCCGAUGAUGUGCUAGAGGAAUUAAAAAAUUUGGAAGCUGAUAGUUUAAGAGUGGAGCCUCUCGGAUAUGAUUGCAAUGAGUCUGCCUAUUGGUAUUUCUAUGGUACCCGCCUUUACCGCGAAGACUACAAAACAAAAAAUAACAAGAAAAAAUCAAUCUGGCAAGUGAUUUGUUUCACAGAAGAAGACUGGAUUCAGUUGACGAAAAAGUUUAAGAGCUCUGCUUCUAAAGCCGAGAGGGCCCUGUACCAUACUCUCAGUAAAAAUUUUCUUCCCGAAUUACCCAGACUUUUUCAGGAGAAAGAGAGACAGGCGAGAAGAAGGUUGUUGGAAACCCAACCAAGAAGAGUAUCUGAUCGUAUUAAAAAAUUAGAUCCCACACCGACCGCAACUCAAAACAAAAGCAAAGAACUUCAAGAUGUGGUAAAUUGUGUGGAAGAGAGCCAAAAGCCAAUACAGUUGGGAAAUAAAAAGAAAGAGCACCAGGAAAAGAACCUGAAGCAUAAAAAAGGUCAGGAGGAAGUAAGCGAUUGUUCCGAGAAUCGUUAUGAUAUGGGGGGCAAAAAAAAGUGUAGAGGAAGGCUCAGGAAAAUUUCUAGUUGCUCUACUAGUAGUCAAGACAAUUCAAAGAAGAAGAAAACAAAAAAACUGGAUAAAUUGGUAGACGAGGUUUCAAAAUGUUCCAGCUCCACAACGCCUACGAUCAUCGGCAGGCAAACCAAUAACUCUUUGUCGGCAUCCGACGGACAAAUAGUCAUCCAGUCUACUGCCAACAAAACCAAGAAGAAGUUGAAAUCCUCUGAAAUAUUUCAACAGACGGAAGAAGAUCUGCAAGUGGGGAUGCACAAAAUACUGGACUAUGUAAAAAACCAUGACGACGCGUGGCCAUUUUUAGAUCCCGUAGAGGAAGAAUAUGCCCCAAAUUACUAUUCCAUAGUUAGAAAACCGAUGGACUUGCAAAGGAUGGAGGAUCGGCUCGACGCAGGUUAUUACAAAACCUUUGCGAAGUUUAAAAGCGAUUUCCACCUGAUUGUGGAAAACUGCCGACUGUACAACGGAGUAGAAAACGAAUACACCGAAAUGGUGGACAACUUGCUGCACGUGUUCGAAACGGCUACGGAAAAGUAUUUGGAUCGGACGUCUUCGUCGGACGAGGAGAUAACGAUAGAGAAUAUUGAAAUGAAACAGGAAGAUCACCAUGUCGGGAAACAUGGGAAAAAGAAAAAGUCGGAAUCUCCUUCUCAGCAUUGCGAUCGGGGAGUAAAAUCUUCCGAUCAAAGGGGCAGAAGAGAGCGAUCUCGAUCGGUGGAGUCUGCCGAAAACCCAAAAGGCGAAAAGGCCUCGAAGAAACAAUCCAAAAAGGAGACUAGGACGAAAAAAGAGAGAACCGACGUUAAGAAAGCGAAACAAAGUAAAGACGACAAGAGUUUGAAGAAGAAGACCCACAAGAAGAAGAGGUCGAGUCCGUGCAGGAAUAGUAGCCCCGCCCCGAGCUGCAGUCCCGCGAGGAGUUACGUCAGUAGUCCACCUCCUUCUAGCCCGGAUAGCCGUUUCGAUUUCGCCCCGAGGAAGCAAGGCAAGAAACGAUCUUCUCAGGAGCCCAACGAUGGCGAGGAGCCGGUGAAGGCAAAAAAGUCCGGGAAAAAAGAGGACUUCGUGUGCGAUGAUAUAAUAACUCUCUCUCCGGAGUGUUUGAAGCAAAAUGUCGAUUAUCCCUCACUUGUUUCUCCCAAACCCAAGGACAAGCAUAACAAGCUGAGGGAAACUAUUGAAAAAUUGAAGGCAAAGAACGAUAUAGCCCGGCUGAAGCAAUGCGAGUUUGAGUUUGAGCUCGACGAUCAUCUCAAAGAGAAUAAAGAUAAAAACAAAAAGGUCGAGAAAGACGACAAAAGCAAACCGCGGCACAAGGACAAAGUGUCGCAUAAAUCCAAAAGGGGUGGGGAUGUUGAGGAGGCGAGCAUCCAGAGCGAAUCGGAUAGAAAGCUCGGCGGUAAAAAAUAUCAAGCGCCCGAGCCUCCGGUCGUGCCGAAACCGCCAAAGAGCCACUCCAACUUUGACGCUUUGAGUAUAGCAACCGAGCAGACGCUCAAAGAUAUCAACAAAUGGCUGGACGACACGCCCAAGUUCGCGGACUUCAGCUCCGCUAGCAAUUCGCCGUCGUACCUGGGUCUGGACGAUUUCGAUUUGCUCGGCAGCACCAACAAGACGGAACUCAAAAAGGUGGACAAAAUUUUGAGCGUCAAAAAAGACGGUCCGGUUCCCAAGGAGGUGAAAAAGAAGACGUUCAGGGAUCCGGUCAAGUUUUUCAAGAGGCGAGAAAUCCAGAGGACCAUCGAUAGGCUGCAACCGGGCAAGAGCAAAGGCAACCUCAUAUCCAGCGUGCAGAGUUCCGUCAAGGUGGACGAGAUGUUCCCUCUGGGUCCCCUUUCCAAAAUCAAAGACACCAAGAACUCUCUCAUAGUGAAAACCGACACGAACGCGCCGAAAUUGAGUCUGGGGUCGGUGCUGGACAGUUUCGGAAAGCAUAGAUUCGUCGACGACCUCAAAAAGGAGGAGCGGGGAGCCGUGGAACCGGAUUCGCCCGAGAAAGCCGCGACGGAAGACGCAAAUCUGCCGGACUUGGUUAAGGAUCAGAUCCGAAGGUCGGAAGGUGAAACGGAGAAGGUCGACAAAGAGGAGAACUCGGGCAAAUCGGCUCAGGAGCCGAUCACCGGCGGCGAAGCGACGCCCAAUCUCAGCGCCUGGUUCAAAGCUUUCGGCGCUCCGAAAGCUCCCGCCGUUCAAAAGAAGUCGGAAGCGAAAAGUGAUGCUAACGAGGAUGAAGUUGGGGGGAAAAUGGAAAAAGUCGCACCCCCCGACCCGUCCCCGAGUUUGGAUAGUCCGCAGCCAGUCACGAGGCAGAGGAGGAUCAGUACGGGUAGCAGCGUAUCGGAGAGGUCGUCUUUCAGUCAGGAUCUGGACUCGCCUCGGGUCGGGAUGGAUGAGAGGGGCGCCUAUCCCGCCCCCUAUCCGUCUCCGCUACACAGGUCGCCUUCAGGUGCAUCGCCUAUCAUGGCGUCACCUCGCCCGGAUAUAUCUCCUAGAUCGGCAGCGUAUCCUUCUUUCAAUGGCCAGAUUCGAGUGGGCUUUUACCAGGACACGGUGUCAAACAAAAGUAGCCCGGACAAAGCCAGUAGUCCCCGCGAUAAUCCGCAGAGCCCCUACUCGCAGUUUCCGUCAAACGAACACGUGUACGCGCCCAAUACCACCCACAGUUCCCUGUACUCUUACGCCAACUCGCCUUUCUAUACCCACACUCCCAACUACUCCAGUACCAAUCCGACGCCGCCGUACAAUACCAAUACGUCCAGUCCCGCCUAUUACGACACCAGUAAAUCGUUAACCGAUCAAUAUCAGAAUAAAAUUUGCCAGAACCAUCCGGCAAACUCUCCGGCCAGUAAUCAAGCUUCACCUGUUAAUCAAAACUCUCCGCACUCGCCGAUUCCUCACCCUCAAUUGUCGCCCAGCCUUCACUCGCAAAAUUCCUCCAGCAUGCACUCGCAACAUUCUCCCAGCGUCCACUCGCAACAUUCUCCCAGCGUCCACUCGCAACAUUCUCCCAGCGUCCACUCGCAACAUUCUCCCAGCGUCCACUCGCAGCAUUCUCCCAGUAUGCAGUCGCAACACUCCCCUAGUUUACAUUCGCCCAACAUGCAUUCCCAGCACUCGCCGCAUCCUCAACAUUCCCCGGGCGUGGAAACUUUUCACGGCGCGGAAGAUGUUUUCGGCGGAAACGGAGAGAAAAGCAGCAGCCCCGUGUUUCCCGUUAAGAAGAGGGUAUAUAGCGACGCAGACCUCGGUCAGCUCGAGGACACUUCAAACGAAUUUGUCAAUAGGAAUAUUCACUUGGGACACCAGGUAUCUUUAGUUCCUAAAAAACUAGACGACGGAGUGAAACAGUCUUUGGUGUCGGAUUCGUUUAACAAGAGCUGCGACAUUUCCACAUCGGCUGCUGUGGAACAGAUGUCGUCUUUGCACCAGCACCAGCACCAACAGCAAAUAAAUAGCGGCCAGAUUUCCUCGCCCGGCUUGGAUUUUAACGCCGCACCGAAUCAGUCGAACGUUUACCCUACCAAUUUCAAUUCUGAGCCAAACUAUCCCGUGAGUGUAGCAUCGACGAGGGCGUUGCCACAGCAUCAGACCAAAUUGGACAUGACCAAGUAUACGAACAUGGGUUACUCGGGACCCGAAGUGAACUAUUCGAAAGCCCUACAGCAACAGUAUACACGGUCGGAAUUGAACUAUAUCAGAACGACUAUUCAGUCCACUACGCCGCAAGUUCAAAGUCUUCCCAACACUCAGCAAUCAGUUUCUAUGUCAGGAUUUGUGAAACAACUUAACAGCACGCAGCAAGUUAGAAACAAUUACAGUUCUAAUAGAUCAGUUGAGAGUGUGGCCGAAAGAUUGGCAGCUCAGGUGCAACAGGAAAUGUCCGGAACGUAUAAAUCCGAUUUAUCGACAAGGGGUACUUAUAACAGUACGUCGGUAGAUGUAAAUUUGUCUCACAUCGUCGAUCGAUAUAACAGCGAGGACAGGAUGAUGGCGGGAUUGCAGCCAACAGCGACCUCGUAUUAUUCUGACAAAGGACUUGGGGCAGCUCACAUCUUCAAUAAGUCGAUGGCAAACGGAUCUCAGAUGUUUAGUCAGACCAACAUGGAGGGGAUAAAUAAUUUCAACCAAACGAUGCAGGGCGCGCCUUCGUUAUACAAUAGGCAUAUAAAUGAAUUACAAGCGCAGUGCGACCUUAAAAACAACCCCCAAGUGCCAAGUCAGGAUAAGAAACCCAAAAAGAAGAAGAAUAAAGCAGCGGCCGCGAUAUGUCCGCCGAACGAAGCCGUGCCGGGCGCCACGCCCCCCUCGAUGUCCCAAGGAUUCCAAAGCUACACCGGCCUCAAGGUGGCGCCCAAUUCGUCGGCUUCGCCGCUCGAGCCCAGUGCAAUAUCGUUAAAAACGUCCAGUGUGGUGCCGGGCAGUGCUUUCAAUUUCGGUCCGACUGCGUCGGGUGCGCUCGGGCUCGGUUCGGGUCUUUACGGCGACAAGGACGCUUACUCGAAUUUCUUGGAAGACUUUCGAACCGCUCCGAACUACUACAUGGCGGCGGCCGCCGCAGCGCACCACCGCCCCCCGACGGACCCCGCCGGCAACGCCGGGAAAAGCAAUCAGCCCACGGUGACGCAAAGUUACCCCGCCUUUUUGAACGCCGCGCACCAAUCGCGGACGUCCGCGUAUCCGCUGGGCGGGGCUUUCAUCCCGCCCGCGGCGCAGGCGCAGCUCAUGGAUACGAGCUCGCAACUCUACCAGCAUUAUUUGCAAGCCGGCGUGCUCAACCAGAGUCUGCUCGGCCCACCCGGACCAUAUCCUCCCGGGUAUCAUCCUGCGCUCAGCAUGAGGCAGCCGUACGAUUCGAUGACGAGACCGUCUUGGCUUUGAAACGGUGCAAUUCCGGAUAUCUCGUAAAUUUCCCUUAGAAAUUUAGGAACAUAUCCGGUGACUUUCACGUGAUGUAGUCCACUAUAAAAAAAAAACCACGUCUUCAUCAUCAAUUCGAAUAACGGCCAUAGUUUUUAGUUUUACAUGUUUUUCAAAUCGUUUAGUAUUUACGCAUCGGUAAUUGUUAGUCUCAACCAAAGACAUUUUUUUUGUAAAUAUCUACAGAGUAAUUAUAUAACACAAAUCGAUUGAAAAAUAUUUUUUGGACAUAAUCUCCGAUGUUGAGGAGGUGUGAGUUCCGUUUUUCUCUCUCUUAACAAUUUAAUUGCAGCGUUAGUUUAAUUCUGUGAUGUUCAUAAAAUAUGUUUAGGUGUCAAUAGCGAUUAGGUGCUACCAUAAUAUACUUUUCACGUGUCUUUUGUUGAUGUGGGUGGUUUGUAUUUAUUUUGGAAUUUAUUUAAUAACUUUUACAGUAAACCGAGUAUUUGUAACGUACUUUCAGUUAUUUUAAACGAUAAGAAUUUCGGUAUGAUGGGUAGUGACACAAUGAGACGAUGUAGACAGUUUAGUGCUUUUUUGGCUUCUUUUUGUAGUGUUUUUCGAGCUAUUUUGUCGUUGUUGUUAUCUUUAUUUAUUAGAUUUUUAAUUUUUCUCAAAAUUCGACUUUUUACCUUCAUUUUACUGCACGUAGUGGGCGUUUUGGGCCAAACAAAAAACCAAAUACGGAAAAAGAAAAGAGUAUUAAGAUUUACGAAAAUGAAUUGAAAUCCUUUUGGACUUUUAAACAACGCCAUCGUCAUAAAUCGCCAUUUUUUCAAGAGGACCAUUCAACAUUAUCAAAAAGUGCAUGUGUUCCUAUGAGAAAAGAAAAAGAAUUUUAUAAGAUUACUUAGAAAUUUAGUAAAUGACAUAUAUUUUAUAUAUUGUUAAUAUAGUAAAUAAAAAUGUCUUAAUUCAAUGCUGUUAGUUGUAUCCCUAUUGUUUUAUGAGUAUUUAGUGUAUUUAGUAAUACAUGCACUUACAUCAUCUAUGUUGCGACGUCAAAAAUUGUAAUGGAUCAAAUUCUGAU